AUGCCUUCGGCAAUGAAUUCAAUAAGGAUUUCGUAUCAAAGAGCAGCCGUUGAGGCAGGAAAACUUCGCCUCCAUGAUUCACACGCGCCAAAUCAGCCUCCCAGUUACACUGAUAAUUUUUCUAACAGCGAUGGUGGAGUCUUGACAAGUGGCGCGAAGAGGUUGGUAGAAAUAUGGCAAGAAAUUGCUAAGAUAUUGGUGUCACGACGAGGGUUUGGGGUGACGGAUCCCCGUGAUAUGGUCUUUGGUCACCCCAGUCUGCUAGCGCAUAAUGUCAUUGAGGUGGACUAUGGCCAAAGCGUUGCUGAUGUCUAUGAAAAGUUUGCUCGAGAUCAUAUCAAAGCAAGUAGGGGGCUUGAAAUCCUGAGCUAUAUCGACAAUAUAGAUUUGGACGAACGAAGACUAGAUCUUGCGUCUUGGGCCCCUGAUUGGACAUCCACUAUAAGUAAUCGUUCAAUACUGAUUACGGAAAUGAAUGGAUCACAAGAUUUCAGAGACUCGGAGCGCUGGCAGGGGCUCGAUUGCAUUUGGAUGAAAGAUCCAAGGGGAUUCAGCUGUAGAGGUUAUGUUAGAGGUUCCGUAGCCAAGCUUAGCUCAGCGGUAGAUAUCACAGACGACCAGCCGUCGAGCAUCGUUGUUUCUCCGCAUGCCAAGCAUUGGCCAAAGAUCCGAGUCCUGCUUUUCGUUCCGAAGGCGGGUGACAAAAUAAUCCGGGCACUUGUCGGGAGUACCAAGGACCACGGAAUGCAACAUCAAAAGAUGAACUCUACCAAUUUAUCUUGGAGGAAUGGGGGAAAAUAUCACAAGAGGAGAUCAUACAUUAGUCCUACAAAUGUCAGAUAG